UCCAACAUGGCGGCGCCCUUUGUCUGCUCUGAGGUGCCGUCCCCAGCCUUCGUCCGGCAGUGAUGCGCCUCCCUCUGCGGCGGGGUCCGGGACAUGGCAGCCAUGGAUUUCCCGCAACAUAGCCAGCUGGUCCUGGAGCAGUUGAAUCAGCAGCGGCAGUUGGGCCUGCUGUGUGACUGCACCUUUGUGGUGGACGGAAUCAACUUUAAGGCCCACAAGGCUGUGCUGGCGGCUUGCAGCGAGUACUUCAAGAUGCUCUUUGUGGACCAAAAGGACGUGGUGCAUCUGGACAUCAGUAACGCGGCAGGUCUGGGGCAGGUGCUAGAGUUCAUGUACACGGCCAAGCUGAGCCUGAGCCCUGACAACGUGGAGGAUGUGCUGGCUGUGGCAGGCUUCCUCCAGAUGCAGGACAUUGUCAGCGCGUGCAAUGCCCUUAAAUCUCUUCCUGUGGAAACCUGCAGCACGUCGGAGAAACUGGAACCGCCUGAGCCCGAGGGGGAGGAAAAGAAAGCUGAGGAGGAGAAGAAGGCUGCUGCCGCCACCCUCAGCGAGCUGGACCGAGUGGAGUAUGGCCCUCUAGCGAGGCCCAGUGAGGAAACCAGUGGCGAGCCAGAGCCCCAGGCUGAGAGCGGAGGGGAUGGGCUCGGUGCAGAGGGGAAGGGGGACGUCCAGUCUGGGGAGCUGCUGCCUAUGGAAACCAGCCCUAGCUCUGUGGGUCCAGCCCUUGAGGUACUCCUGUCACAGAGAACACAGCAAGAGGGGGAAACAGAGACGCAGAGAAGUGAAGUGACUCGCCCAAAUGGCCCAGCAGAAAUCGAGGCUGAGCCAGCGAGGGAGGAUGAGGAACAGGAGCACAAGAGCCCGGAAGGAGCAGCCUAUGGGGAGGUCAGCCCCAGGCUGGAGAACGGAGAACCCCCUGAGGAGAACGAGGAGUCUGGAGGCACAGACUCUGGGCAGGAGAACGUGGGGGAGGCUCGGGUCUUACGCUCGGGCACCUAUAGCGACCGCACAGAGUCCAAGGCGUACGGCUCUGUCAUUCACAAGUGUGAGGAUUGUGGGAAGGAGUUCACUCACACGGGAAACUUCAAGCGGCACAUCCGCAUCCACACCGGAGAGAAGCCCUUCUCGUGCCGGGAGUGUAACAAGGCCUUUUCUGACCCUGCAGCCUGCAAGGCCCAUGAGAAAACACACAGCCCCCUGAAGCCCUAUGGCUGCGAGGAGUGUGGUAAGAGCUACCGGCUCAUCAGCCUGCUCAACCUGCACAAGAAGCGCCACACGGGCGAGGCCAGGUACCGCUGCGACGACUGCGGCAAGCUCUUCACCACCUCGGGCAACCUGAAGCGCCACCAGCUGGUGCACAGCGGCGAGAAGCCCUACCAGUGCGACUACUGCGGGCGCUCCUUCUCUGACCCCACCUCCAAGAUGCGGCACCUGGAGACCCACGACACCGACAAAGAGCACAAGUGCCCUCACUGCGACAAGAAGUUCAACCAGGUGGGCAACCUGAAAGCGCAUCUAAAGAUACAUAUUGCGGAUGGACCCUUGAAGUGCAGGGAGUGUGGCAAGCAAUUCACCACCUCAGGAAACCUGAAGCGGCACCUUCGAAUCCACAGUGGGGAGAAGCCUUACGUCUGUGUCCACUGUCAGAGGCAGUUUGCAGACCCUGGAGCCCUGCAGAGGCACGUUCGCAUCCACACAGGGGAGAAGCCGUGUCAGUGCCUCAUCUGUGGAAAGGCUUUCACCCAGGCCAGCUCCCUCAUUGCCCACGUGCGCCAGCACACCGGGGAGAAGCCCUACGUCUGUGAGCGCUGCGGCAAAAGGUUUGUCCAGUCUAGCCAGCUGGCCAACCACAUCCGCCACCAUGACAACAUCCGCCCGCACAAGUGCAGCGUGUGCAGCAAGGCCUUUGUCAACGUGGGGGAUCUGUCCAAGCACAUCAUCAUCCACACGGGGGAAAAACCCUUCCUCUGUGACAAGUGUGGACGCGGCUUCAACCGUGUGGACAACCUUCGCUCCCACGUGAAGACGGUUCACCAGGGCAAGGCAGGCAUCAAGAUCGUAGAACCGGACGAGGGGGAUGAGGUCAACAUUGUCACCGUCGCCUCGGAUGACAUGGUCACCCUGGCCACAGAGGCACUAGCUGCCACAGCCGUGACCCAGCUUACAGUGGUGCCUGUUGGGGCCGCAGUGACGGCGGAUGAGACAGAAGCCCUCAAAGCUGAGAUCACCAAAGCCGUGAAGCAGGUGCAGGAAGCAGACCCCAACACCCAGAUCCUCUAUGCCUGCGAUUCAUGUGGUGAGAAGUUCCUGGACGCCAACAGCCUAGCCCAGCAUGUGCGGAUCCACACAGCCCAGGCCCUGGUCAUGUUUCAGGCAGACACGGACUUCUACCAGCAGUAUGGCCCAGGCAGCACGUGGCAGGCGGAGCAGGUGCUGCAGGCCGGGGAACUGCUUUUCCGCCCCCGGGAAGGGGCUGAGGGCCAGACUGCGCUGGCGGAGCCCCCUCCACCCACUGUGGCUGAAUGAAUGAAUGGAGUGGAGGUGUGGGUGGGCAAGGGCCACAGCAGACCACCCGCCUUUCCUGACUCUUUAUUUAAAAUGGACCGAGCACCCUGGAUCCCUAGAGAGAAUAAAUUGGAUUAUUUUCUAAA